CCCCUCCCCUAUACUAUACCAACAAAAUUACCCCCCCUCCUUUCGUUUGGUGCGGUUGACACGAAAACUGCACCCGUCUGUCGACAUCUGGAGAAAUGCCUCGUAACCACAAAGCAACAGAGGAGACGGACAAGUUGACUCGUAUUGCAAUUGUCAACACAGACAAAUGCAAACCCAAACGAUGUCGUCAAGAAUGCAAGAAAUCCUGCCCUGUUGUGAGAAUGGGAAAGCUCUGUAUUGAAGUUACGCCUAAUGAUAAAUUGGCUGUGAUUUCUGAAGAGCUCUGUAUUGGUUGUGGUAUCUGUGUAAAAAAAUGCCCAUUUGAAGCUAUCACGAUUAUCAAUUUGCCAAGUAAUUUAGAAAAAGACACAACUCAUCGUUAUUCUCAAAAUUCCUUCAAGCUGCAUCGACUUCCUAUACCUAGACCAGGUGAAGUCCUAGGGCUGGUUGGCACCAAUGGAAUCGGCAAGUCAACCGCUCUCAAAAUAUUAGCAGGAAAACAGAAGCCUAACCUAGGUCGUUACUCGAAUCCUCCAGACUGGACAGAGAUCCUGAGCCAUUUCAGAGGAUCUGAGCUGCAAAACUACUUCACCAAGAUUUUGGAAGAUGACUUGAAGGCGUUGAUCAAGCCGCAAUACGUUGACCAGAUCCCUAAGGCAGUGAAAGGAACGGUCCAGCAGCUUAUGGAUAAAAAGAGUGAACGAGAUAACCAACAGGAGAUUUGUGAACUAUUGGAUCUGUCAAAAAUCCGAGACAGAUCGAUAGAAGACCUGUCCGGAGGGGAGUUGCAGAGGUUUGCCUGUGCUAUGGUGUGCAUCCAAGAUGCAGACAUAUUCAUGUUUGACGAGCCGUCGUCCUACCUGGACGUUAAACAACGACUCAAAGCUGCCAUCACAAUACGUUCCCUCAUUCGGGCAGACAAAUUUAUCAUAGUAGUGGAGCACGACUUGUCGGUUUUGGACUACUUGUCCGACUUCAUCUGUUGCUUGUAUGGAGUUCCGGGUGCUUACGGUGUCGUCACUAUGCCGUUCUCCGUCAGGGAAGGAAUUAACAUAUUCUUGGAUGGGUUCGUACCCACGGAGAACCUGCGGUUCCGAGACGAAUCACUGGUCUUUAAGGUGGCCGAGAGUGCCACGGAAGAAGAGGUGAAGCGGAUGAACCAUUACGAGUAUCCCGCCAUGGUGAAGACAAUGGGAGACUUCAAGCUGACCGUUCACCAGGGCCAGUUUACUGAUAGUGAGAUCCUUGUGCUUCUGGGAGAGAACGGAACAGGGAAAACAACCUUCAUCAGAAUGUUAGCCGGAAAUCUGGCUCCUGAUGAUGGCUCAGGUGAGUUACCUCGUUUGAACAUCAGUUACAAACCUCAGAAGAUCAGUCCCAAAUCUCAGGGGCUGGUCCGUCAAUUGCUGCACGAGAAGAUUAGAGACGCUUACAUUCAUCCGCAGUUUGUAACUGACGUGAUGAAGCCACUCAAGAUAGAUGAUAUCAUAGACCAGGAGGUGCAGAACUUGUCCGGAGGAGAGUUGCAGAGAGUCGCGAUGGCGUUAUGUCUCGGCAAACCUGCUGAUGUCUACCUCAUAGAUGAACCUUCCGCCUACCUCGACUCUGAACAGCGUCUUGUUGCUGCCAAAGUCAUCAAACGUUUCAUUCUGCACGCUAAGAAGACCGGUUUUGUGGUGGAACACGACUUCAUCAUGGCAACCUACUUGGCGGACCGAGUAAUUGUGUUUGAGGGUAUUCCGAGUGUGGACACGACAGCUAACACUCCACAGUCACUGCUGGCUGGGAUGAACCGCUUCUUGGAACUGCUCGGAAUCACAUUCCGGCGAGACCCUAACAACUUCCGACCUCGCAUCAACAAGGCUCAGUCUGUCAAGGAUGUUGAACAAAAACGUGCAGGCCAAUAUUUCUUCCUCGAAGACUAAGUUAGCAGUUAUUACUCCUAUUGGUUACUGUCACAAGAACGUCUGAAUAAAUAAUCAUGAUCAUAAACAUUUUGUUAUAAUUUUUACCAACUGUUAAAUUUUUUGUAAGAAAUUUGGAUGCAUUGAUUUUACAUAUAAAGUUAUUUGUCUAUUGUGCUCA